GACUGGCCCCGGGCGGCGGCUCCCGAUUGGCCGGCGUUCGGUGCUUAAAGGCGGGCGGCGCGGGAAAGCGCGGUCCCUUGCGGUGCGGGCGGCGGGGUCUCGGGCCUGGCGUGCUGCGCGGAGGCGCCAUGAGCUGCAUCAGCCUGCCCGCCGUGCUGCCCGGCUCCCCCGGCAAGACGCGGGGGCAGAUCCAGGUGAUUCUCGGGCCCAUGUUCUCAGGAAAAAGCUCGGAGCUGAUGAGACGGGUCCGUCGCUUCCAGAUUGCCCAGUACAAGUGCCUGGUCAUCAAAUAUGCCAAAGACACUCGCUACAGCAGCAGCUUCUGCACACAUGACCGGAACACCAUGGAGGCGCUGCCGGCCUGCCUGCUCCGGGACGUGGCCCAGGAGGCCCUGGGCGUGGCUGUCAUAGGCAUCGAUGAAGGGCAGUUUUUCCCCGACAUCGCGGACUUCUGUGAGACCAUGGCCAACUCGGGGAAGAUCGUGAUCGUGGCCGCACUGGACGGGACCUUCCAGAGGAAGGCUUUCGGGGCCAUCCUGAACCUGGUACCCCUGGCCGAGAGCGUGGUGAAGCUGACCGCGGUGUGCAUGGAGUGCUUCCGGGAAGCCGCCUACACCAAGAGGCUGGGCACGGAGAAAGAGGUAGCUCGACCUGCCUUCUCCUCCCAGGGUGGGCAGGGGCACCGCUCUGCCUCCUUCCGAGUCCAGGCCUUCACGUCCUUUCUCUGUCCCUGUGGCCAGGUUGAGGUGAUCGGUGGGGCAGACAAGUACCACUCCGUGUGUCGCCUCUGCUACUUCAAGGCCUCGGGCCAGCCUGCUGGGCCGGACAACAAAGAGAACUGCCCAGUGCUGGGAAGGCCGGGGGAGGCGGCCUCGGCGGCCACCAGGAAGCUCUUUGCCCCUCAGCAGAUCCUGCAGCGCAGCCCUGUCAACUGAGACGGCCACCUGCUCCCACUCCUGCUGCCGCCUAGCGGACGCCUGCACCCAGCCUGCUGUGUGGCCUGCUGGGGAGGAAGUCAGGGAGGGCCACCCUGCUUGGGGGACUUUCUGAGGCUGCC